GAUACACGGGCCCCAUCCGGGAGAGCGCCAGGCUAGAAAAAUGGCCCCGCGAGGCGCCGGGAGCAACCCAUAAGCAGCCCCGCCGUGCGAGGUAACUCGGAAACCCAAGGGCCGUAGCAGGCGCGAGCGCAGGCAGCCCCGGCGGCGGCGCUAGCUGCACGGACCCGGCAGCAGGGAGCAGCAGCGGGAGCUCAGCGGGCCGGCGCGCGAAACUAACAUGGCCAGCGCCAUGGCCGCGGGCCUCAAGGCGCAGCUCGACGCGCAGAUGGAGGCCGCGCGGCAGCAGGAGCUCGUGCGCAUCCUGCAGCUCGACACGAGCCCUGUCCCCACGAUGGUCGGGAGCGCUUUAAAUCUCAUGGUCGACGCCUUCGGGACGCUAGAGCAGCGUUGUUCUACGAUGGAAACGGAAUUGGGCGACGAGCGCGCGCAACGGUUGGAGGCCGAGCGGCUCGCGGCCGAGGCGGCGGCGGCGUCGAAGCAAGCGCUCGAGAAAGCGCUCGCCGACGAACGCCGGCGGGCCGAGGCCGCGAUGGCCGCCGAGCGCGAGCGCGCGGAAAAGGCUUUGGCUAAGAGUGAGGCCGCGGCCCGCGAGGCCGCAGAACGCGAAGCGAAGGCUCAAGCCGAGCGCGACCGGUUGAGUAAAGAGCAGGCCGAGAAAGAUAGACUCGAGCGAGGAGCGGCGGAGAAGGCCGAGCGCGAACGAGCUGAGAAAGAACGGGCCGAGCGCGAGGCGAGAGAAGCCGCGGCGCGCGAGGCUUUGGCCAAGGCGGCUCAAAGUGGCGACGCGCCGGACUUUGAUCUGUUGAUCCGCAACGCCGUGGACGCUAAACUCGCAAACCUCGAGGCGUCGAUGCGAGCGGACCUCACUGAUCAAAUGCGAUCGAUGAUCGACAAGGCCGUCUCUUCCAUACAACCGGUGGAAGCACCGCCACCGGAGCCCGAACCUCUGGACCCCGAGGAGGAGCUGGAACGGCAACGGCGCCUCAUGCUCAAGAUCAUGAACCGCAUGGCGAACAUGGUCAUGUGGACCUCGUGGUCGCACUGGCUGUCGUUAGUUAAAGAGGCGAAGGCCGCGGAAGCGCGGCGGGCGUCGCGGGAGCUGGAGGGAAGUCUUGGGUCCGUCGGUAAGCGAUGCGACCAGUUGGGGCGGGCCGUCGACGAGCUGCGGAGAACGAAGGCGACCAAGGACUCGGUGUCGGAAGCGGCGUCCGAACUACGUCAAAAUAUAGAGCAAGAAACCCAGUCAAGGACCAAGCGCCAGGACGCCUUGACGGGCCAGCUCGAGAAGUUGAAUAGUGACGUGGGCGGCUUCCAGACUACUACUGAUGGGAAGCUCCAGGAACAAAAUGACCGCAUCACCGCUCUGGAGCAGCAACUGAAAGACCAGCUCGAAGCGUUGAGUGCGGACGCGGACGUGGAAGUGAUGGCGGCGCCCGCGGACGGCGAGCCCGUGAGCGCCGAGUGGGCCCAACAGAUCUCGGAGAUGGUGCGCAAGAUGCAGGCGUCCUUCAAGUCGAAGAUGGCCCAGCUCGAAAGCGCGCAGACGGAGCACAAGUCGAAGACCGACCGAGGGUUUGGCCAGUGCGACGAGUCGUUCGCUUCAACAGAUAAGUCUCUGGCUGAACUGAGGGAGAAGCUCGCGUCCUUGUCGAACGACGGCGAAUUGACAGAGCUCAAGCACGCGUUGUUUGAUCGCGUCCAUCAAGGUGAGCGAGACCUAAGAAGGCGCGCGGACCACGCGCUGCAGAGUUCGAAGCGAGCGAUGGAGGCCGUGAAAACGCUGGGCUACAACGUCUCCGGUUUAGAUAGCAAUCUAGCGAUGGCAGACCACUUCGCGCCCGUCGAACUAGGCGAGGAGGAGGACUGCGUCGAGAUCGCGCUCACGCGGCGGUUGGAAGCGUCGCGGCGGUGCCACACGGAGGACGUGCCCGGCCACGUCGUCGAUUUGCAGCGGUGCUAUCUGGAAUCCGAAGUCAUAUUAGCGAGGCGUGCUCGAACCGAGUUCGUCGCCGAGUUAACUAGGUUGCACGUCGACGGCGACGACCUCGAGACGGAGCAAGCGAAGCUAGAACAAGCGUCUCUCAGACGGUUGGACGACGCCUUCGCCAAGGCCAAGAAGGGCCGGGCGACUGUCUUAGCGUCCUUAUUCCUCGCGAAAUCGAAAGCGUCCCAGAAGAAGGACUGGCGCGAGCUAGCGGGCACCAUCUUACAAGGCGCGGACUCGUCGCACUACGCGGACGUCACGCACGACGACCCGGCCUCGCAUAAAGUAGCUACUUUAUUGGAGUCGUUCGAGCGGGAGAUCGACGAGCAGCGGCUCCAUCUGAGGGACGAAUUACAUCAUGCGUCGUUCGACCCCCGGGAUCCGCGGUCGAGUGAACUGGAGUCGGACCCGCAUCAUACGCCCGUGGCGCACGCGGACCUGCCUCAGUUAGCGGACUUCAGCGCGAAGACCUUCGAGCGGCGUAUUGAUGAAGACAGCGAACCAGUUACUGGAAGAUGCGCGGUCUCUCACAAACACGCGAGCGAGAAUACCGUCGCGGCGCGCCUCCAGCGGCUCGAGGCGUCGAUGCUCGGGGACCGGCCGCGCACGCCGGCUCCCGUGCCUGUGGCGACGGGCGGCGUCUCCGACGAGGCUCUCAGAGCUCUCGAAGCGGGCAUCGCAUGGAGGCGCCACGCGGCCGGCCGCGACACGUUACAACUUCUGAGCGGUUCCAGCGAUGCACUGACGCUGCAGGACGCCCUGGAGAAUUUUGGAAGGCGGCACCAGCGCCCCGGCGAUGCGUUGGAAGGGGCCGGUCGGGCGUGCACGGAGGCGUCGGCCGCUCUCGCGCGAGGCGAGCCCGUCGAGGGGCUUUGGAGUCUGGCCGAGACGCUCUCAUCCAUAGACGACGUCGAGGUCAAGCAGGUCCACGGGCAUGUGGCCGACGUGCUGGAGGCGGAUUUAGCAAGACGCCAGUACGACAAUGCGAAUGAAUUGAGGAAGAAGUACGAGGCGCUCGCCGAGGCCCAGAACGCCCUCGCUGUUACCUUGGCCGAGGUUUCGGGCCGGGAAGCGCCGCAAAUCACCAUCACGGCGGAUGAGAGACCGCCGACCCCGGAAGUCAUCGUCGAUAGAAGUCCGGACCCGGAGAUCAUCGAGGCGUUGGAGAAGCUCGAGAUGCUCGUUCCCACAAAAGCGCAGCAGUCGUCCGUGGAUGAUCUGCGGGACGGUCUGGCCGAGCUACGACGGGCCCAGUCCCGACUCAUCGAGUCGUCGGAGAUGGACGUCCUGAGGAGACUCCUGGAGACGAAGGCCGGCCGCGACCAGCUCGAGGACAUUCUUAGAAGAUUGAAGGAGCUCGAGGAGGCCGAGCCCGAGGAGUGGGAGGGCCUGGCUUCGACCAAGUGCUUAUCUUGCAACCGCCCGGUGACGGCGCCCGAGUAUGAUGAAGACGAGUUCUCCGUCGUCACCGGUGCUACCGGCAGGACGUCUCUCGGAAGUCCAGUCAAGCUGGACCCUUCUAUGUUAAAAAAGAGGCCGCUGACGGGCGGCCACAACGCGAUGGGGAGUAGCGCGCGAGCGGUACUAAGGGACUACCCCUACCCGCCGCCGUUUCCCGGUCCGUUUUCUCCACCGAAGCGGAAGUCAUCAUUGACUCGAGCAAGGGAGCAGAAGGACGUGGAAGUUACCUUUGGCGAGAUACCCCUGCACGAGCGGUUGGCUUCCAUUGGUAAACGUCCGACAGGUUCGCAGUUCCUGUCGCCGGCCCAGCAGGCCCAUUUAUCUGCCGGGGUCUAUCGAAGGCGCAAGGAGCUCGCUGUGAAAGGUUCUGGUCCCCGCAAGUUGCCUCACGUAGAGCGGCGGAACGUCGUCUCGCCGGACUCUUCGCAUGAAGACGGGCUGUCGCUGGCGUCGUCGCCGCCGCCGUUCCGCGAGCGGCCGCGGUCGGUGCGGAUGAGUAGCAGCGUGGCGGGCUAGUUUUUUUUCGGGUGUACUAAGGCUGGUAUCUAUCU